AUGCCUAAUGAGCUCAAAACAGGAAAGCUAGAAGUUGGUGAGGCACAACGCAGAAGCCUUGGUGGGUUACUAGUAGUGAAAUGGAUGGACAAGAAAUGGUCUACUGCAUCAGCACAUGUCAUACUGACAUCGACUACCAACCAACUGGCAGGUUUACCAUCCCAACUAGGAAACGUCCAGAACGGUUGGAAAAUAAUGAAGCCUAAGAUGAUCAUGGACUAUAACAAUGGUAUGUUGGCUGUGGACCGUCAAGAUCAAGUACUGGCCUAUGACCCGGUCAUUAGACGGUACAGUAAGGGCUAUAAGAAACUGUUUUUUUAUAUGUUUGAACAUGUGCCUCUUCAAUGCGUAUGUAGCAUAUUACCAAAUAAAAAGGAGGGAAAAAGCCACCACUUUGUAGAUUUUAAAAUUGGUGUCGCAGAACAGAUGCUUGCAUCAUUGGAACAGAGAGCUAGGCCAUCACCUGGGAGACCAUCUACAAGCAAUCCUAUGAGACUACAGGGCCGGCAUUUUCCACAGUCCAUUCCUCCAACACCGCAGAAGGAAUUCCCUACAAAAAGGUGUGCAGUGUGCAAAGAGCAUGGACUGAGAAAGGAAAGCAGGAUCCAGUGCAAACAAUGUGUAGUAGGCCUCCACAUUGAGUGCUUUGAAGUGUACCAUACACUUCAAAAGUUCUAG